GUGCCUCCUUGCUUGUAUCCCUCUUCAAUUUUGGUGAAAAUCACGUCCUCCUGGCAAACACUCGUAUCGAGUUGCAUUCCAAAGAUCCUCCAAGACUUACCUUCCGAGAGGUCGCAAGCUUUCCGGUACAUACCAGAGGAUCGACACUCCACGUUGUGAUGAGAUGAUCGCUGUUUCACCUCCUCAACUUCCUCUCGUGUCGCGACGCUCGACAUGAGCAUUGUUAAAGGUUCGGGCAGUCGCAUCUUUAGCGGACUAAAGGCUCCAAAGUCGGAAAGAACAGACGGCGGACCUGGGUCUGUGCUUGAAUAGUCUUCGGCAACACAAUCAACUGGACGCCAGUCAAAGCGCCUCAGACUGCGAACCUUUUAUCUCGUACAGGCAGCAAGAGUACUCUUUCAACACACGAACCCCGCAUGAGCAGGCGAGAGAUAUCUUGACGAAACCAGCUGUAUCACCAACAUCACGGUCAGCAUGUCUCUACCCGUACUCUCAGCGCGGCCUCUAGCCGACCCGCCGACGGGUGCGUUGCCUCCCAUACCUAUGACCACAAGCAAGACCCCGCGCAAGAGUCUUGGAUCAACGCCGUCGCGGCUCAAAGCGCCCUCAAGACCAUCACUCCUACCUACAUCGCAACCUGUCGCCUCUAGUCCGGACCUUUCAUCCACCAGAGGAGGCGACAAGUCCUCCGGCAUACCCUCCGCCAAGUCAGUGCGUAAAGCUGUUAGCAUCGGCUCGUUUCCUCAACCACCAAAUGCGAGUUCGCGGCCGCCUACUUCGGCGUCGAUGGCAUCUACCAAUUCAACGAGAAAGCGAGCCUCAAAAUCACCAAGAGCAAGCACAGCUGGGGGCUUCCGCUCGUCACAGACUCCAAGUCUGCUGAAUUCUGCUGGUGAUGGAAUGACAGUGUCUGCAAGAGCUGGAAAGAGAACAUCCGACGCUCAAUCCAGCGUGCACUCUCCUCCACAAAGCAGGAGCUCUUCGGCCAACGGCUCCUAUUCCACCACCGCAACCACCAUCGAGGACUGUGAUGAGGACGGUCGAGGUCGUUCAAAAGAUUUCGAUGAAGCAUUGGCUGAUUCAAAGCGGAACUCUAAAGGAAAGGAAUCGAAAGGGAAUGUCCUCGUCAGCGUCCGUGUCCGACCAGAUCCGGGCACCACAAACAAUACCCAGUCUGAGGGAGAAUGGAUGGUGGAUGGUCGAAGAAGCCUCGUCGCUUAUCGGGGCAAGGAAGGCGGAGAUUACCACUAUGACAACGUCUUCACUACACAUGACGACAAUGCAAAAGUCUACGAUGCAGGCGCCAAACGACUGGUGCGUCGAGUCAUGGAAGGCUACCACGGGACCGUCUUCGCGUAUGGCAUGACAGGGACGGGCAAAACGUUCUCGAUGCAAGGCACAAUGACAAGCCCUGGUGUUAUACCUCUCGCGAUCACUGAUAUUUUCUCCUAUAUCAGAGAGACUCCACAUCGAGAAUUCCUCCUACGAGUCAGCUAUCUUGAAAUCUACAAUGAGAAGAUUCAUGAUCUACUGGCUGCGCCUGUAGGAGGUGGACCUGGCGCGCAGCAAGAGGAAAUCAAAUUGCGCGAAGACAGCAAACGGGGCGUUUACGCCACACCCUUGAAGGAGGAGAUUGUGCAAAGCCCGACGCAACUGCUUCGUGUAAUCCACAGAGGAGACACCGCACGGCGGACAGGAAGCACUCAGUACAAUUCCCGAAGCUCGCGUAGUCACGCGGUGGUACAGAUCGUCGUGGAGAGUCGAGAACGAGUUCCUGGCUCCGGAGCGAUGCAUGAGCAUGGCAAGCGAGUAGCGAUGCUUCCUGGUGGUGUACGAGUGUCAACCCUUAGCUUGAUUGACCUGGCUGGCUCGGAAAGGGCAGCUGAAGAUAAGGAACGGCGUGCUGAAGGAGCGCACAUCAACAAGUCCUUGCUUACCCUUGGCACAGUUAUUGCUAAGCUGUCAGGGAACAAGGACAAGAAUGGGAAUCCCACCGACAAAGAUGGAAAACACCUGCCAUACAGAGACAGCAAACUGACCCGCCUCCUGCAGCCGGCACUGUCUGGAAAUUCUUUGGUGUCUAUCCUGUGCACGAUCCAGAUUGGAGCGGGUCUCACCGUAGCCGGGAACAACCAUACAGGAGAAACUCUCAAUACCCUCAAAUUUGCCGCUCGAGCAAAGAACAACAUUGUCAGUCAUGCCAAGAAGGCCGCAGAAGAAGUGGGCAGUGGUGUCAACUCGGGUCUCCUUGAGCGGUACCGAACCGAAAUUCAGAGCCUUCGAGCUCAACUCGAAGGGCAGCAGAAAUCAGCGGCUGAGAAGGAAGAAAGACAACUGGAAAAGGAAGCUGAGCAACGGCAUGAAGAACAAAUGCUAGAGAUGCAGCUUGCGAGGACCGCUCUGAAAGAGCGUAUUGAACAUCUUAACCGCUUGAUCUUGUGCUCGAAAUCUACAGGCGUCAAUAGCGGCACUGUAUCAGCAUUAGGGAUGCACUCUCGGCUCUCUGGAGGUACCGAAUUUGCUGGUUCCCGCUCUGUGCGAUCAUCAGCUAGUCAGUCUACUCUGGGUGUCGGCCCGAGCCUGAAGCGUCACCCUUCUGCAGCAUCGUUGAGCAACGUGCAAUCAGCGUCUGCCCACUUGUCAUUCCCAGGCAUACCGGAUGAAGAUGAAGAUGCUGGAGGGGACUACGGCGACGGCAGGGCAACGCUCCAGGCACAAGUUCGGGCCUUGCAAGCAGAUCUUCAAGACAAGACUCGGUAUAUUUCAACCUUGGAAAGGAGGCUGCUGCAAGCCCGGCGGUCGAGCCAUUCCCGAGUAUCCAUGGCUUUUAACAAAAGCCCUGGCGACGACGGUGACGUGCUAAGAAAGCUGGAGGAGAAGGAUGCCAUGAUCGCCGACCUGCAGAAGACAGUCUCAGCGCUUCGCUCGGCCGUGCGCAAGCGUGAGAUAGCAGAGUUGACGCCAGAAAUGUCGUCGAGUGAAUUCAAGCAGCAUCGAAAUGAAGAGGGCCAUCAAAGCACAAACAGCAAUACGAGCUCGCAAUUGGGCAGCAUUUCGAUUCCAAGUCAGCAAGGCUCAAAUGGCCCGCGCUCACCUUUGACGACCAGUCCAAUGACACUGCUCUCCCCACAGAAGCCCAUGGACAAGAAGAAGAAAACCGUUGACGAAAUGUCCAAGAUGCUUGAUGAGAUGAUCCGCGACAAGGUCGAAAACGGAAAACUGACCAAAGGACGAUCAGCGUCAGCACGAGUGCCGACACGAUCUUCUUCACAACGACAUUCGCGAAGAACUUCGAGUGCCGGUUUCACCGGAGGUCCUGCUAUGGGCACUUUGGUAGCUUCCUUGCGCGAGCGAGAUUCGGUGCUCGAAGUGACAGACCCCAUUUAAAGGCGGUCUCUGAUCGAUUUCAUUCAUUUGCCCAAAUUACGAGUGACGACGUGCCAGUCUUGAUUUUGUUUAUUUCAAUCGAUAGCCAGUGAUGAACUGGCAGGCCCGACAGGACGACAUUAAUGUGGAUUAAGGAUGGUCGCUUUGGUGGCCUCCUCGAUGGGGUUUUCUUUGGCGGAAAUUGAUUGAUUUUCAGGAGCUUCGACAGCAUUUCCCUUUUUUGUUUUGAUGCACCAGAGACCGGAAGAUGAUGGACGACAUCAGGUUAUAUACCCCGAUAGAAGUGUUUUAGUAGCAAGUGUAUAGGUAUUUUGGGGCAGCGGGACUGGCAACGGUCCUUGAUCGAGUCCUUUUGUUUGAUUGUUCACUCACUGAUCAACGACUGAAU